AUGGCACGGACUCAGUCUCUCCCCGGGGUCAACGGUGCUGGGCAUAUCCUCUACUCGCCUCAGCUGCGCCUACAGAGCCCAUCAGCCUCACCAAACCGGGCACGCACCCCGAGAAAGCCAGUGGACGAAGCCUUCCCGCCUUCUUCCCCAACUCGAGUCUCUGUUCACGAUCUCGAUCGAAAACCGCCCGAGAGGAGCAGCUCGCCAAACCUCGGCCUAGGACCGUCUUCGGCUACCCCAGUCCAACGCCUCCGACGCCCCGCGUCUCCUUUUCGCCAUAUUUCUCAUCCGAGCCUCGGAUCCCCACCUUCUCUCCCGACGCCCCCAUCCUCCGUGGCGUCAUCGCCUUCUUACAAGUCGUACGACUACCUGUCGAGCAGCUACGCCUUAGCAGCGGCGUACCCAUCAUCCGUCCCUUCCACUCCGACAUCGACUCGAUCACGAAGCCCCAGUAUCUCUAGCUUGGAGACGAUCCCCGAUUCCCCCGAUGCCGAAGAAGCCGCCCUGGAAGCCGAGAGAAUCGCACAGCUCAAGGCCGCAGCCGAUGCCGCAGAGGGCGGCGACUCGAAGGCGAAGACUAGCCUCGACAUCCCCACCCGUGGGCGGACGCUCAGCUUCGGGUCGAGGGACAAGCGCAAGAGGUGGAGCGUGUGCGGCGCUGAGAGGCGGGGCGAUUUGGACCUCGAGACAAUCUGGGAGGACUGA